UUGUUGCCUCCCUCAAUAGUUAGGCCACAAAUAAACUGACAUGAUACUUCGACGUAGACGAAAGAUGCUACUAGCUCUAGGGCUGAUACUAAUUACAGGAGGUGCUCUACACUACACAGCUGACAAGGAUUCUACACCGAGUACACACGUUCACAAUGGAGUUAAGACAAGAGCACUCAAGAACAACUAUGCAAAAAGUAUUGCAUUACCGUCAAGCAAAACAUUAUUGCAUUACCGCCACACAGUACCGCCACAAAAUAAGAGCAAAACAGUAGGGACGUCAGAACGGGCUGUGGACAAGAAAAUUCCUAAAAGAAAGAUCGAUAUAAUUGCACAACGAGCAAAGUUUCAACAAGUGCGAGUAGAAAAGUUCUGCGAGAGAUACAACCUAAAAACACAGAGACUAACUCUACCAGAAGAAGGGGAUAUACUAUACAACAUUCUGCUGCUAAACAAAGAUACUAGAGUGCUCUACUGUGCUCCACCAAAGACAGGGUGCACCCACCUCAAGAUAGCAUUCUUAGCUAGUGCAGGAAAACUGAAUACGUCCAUAAUCGAGUGGACCGGUCCCGUAAACGAAAUAAUUCGAGACACUGUGGAGUCCAAUACAAUAAGUCAACUUGACAGCAAAAAACAGGAGAAGGCACUGCAUAGCCACUAUAAAUAUUUGAUGUAUCGAAAUCCAUUGGAAAGACUUGCAAGCGGCUACAGAGACAAAGUGGAAAAGCACCCACUACAAGGUCUUGAGCCAUGGACACCUCGCUACAACUGGGUAAAAAUGGAGACAUACAAAUUCACACACCUGGAUGAUUAUCGGGAGUGGUUCAGGGAAGGAGGAGUUACAAAAGUAGCCAUUUCGUUCCCAGACUUCGUGGAUUACUGGGUCAACACAAGUGCACGACAUGAUGCACAUUUUGAGCCGAUAUACAACCUCUGUUCUCCUUGUAGAGUACGCUACGAUUACUAUGGUAACUUUAAAACGUUCAACCGAGAUGCACGAGUAUUGUUAGCCAAGAUCCAUGGCAACCCGAACUUCUUACGGGAAGGUUACUACGUCAAGCAAGGAAGUGAUUAUACAGCAAAGGUAACCAAGGAGCUAUACAGUCAAUUAAACCUCGAGCAAAGAGUUAAUGUCUUGAGAAAGCUUUCACAAGAUUUAGACUUCUACUACCACAUCUUCCCCAAUGAGAGAAAUAGCCACAAGAAAAUACUUAAUAUUGACAACGAUCUAACAUUGCCAUAUGACUGACAUUACACCACCUAAAUCAUAUGUCAUUUAUACUUAUUAUUAAUUUUAUUAUACAGUUUGUUGCUAAUUAAACUAAGGAAUAAUACGUUUCCAUUUUGUUACGCA